CACUAUUAAAGUAGAUUGCAAGGCAGCUAAGGAUGUAUUAACAAAAGAUGUCAAAAAUCUAGCAGCUAAACAUAUUUUUGCAAGAUGGCAAGCUUUUCUAUCCAUAUUUGAUUUUGAAAUUAUUCAUAUUAAAGGAACUGACAAUUCUAUUGCAGAUUUUUUAACACGAGAAUUUUUGCAGGGAAGAUGACAGACAAAGGAAAGGAAGCAGAAAAGAUCUCUUUGAGAUCACAAAGUUCACAAACAAAUUUGACAAAAUUACAAUUAUUUACUCCAGGACAUAGUUCUGUCCAAAAUAUCACGGGACAGUUAUCUGUACCCAGACCAUUAUAUACAAAUACUACUAGUAUAAUAAAUAGACCCAUUGGUCAUAUAUCAAGUGCUUUGAUCACACAACCACAUUAUGCAAGACCAAGAUCGCCCAGACCUCAUUUUACUUCAUUUAACAAAUUUAGCCCAUUACAGGCAGUACCAAUAACCCCAUCCACAUUUAAACAGGCUGUCACCAACACCUCAUCUCCAAGCUACACAAUACCUACAAGCCCAUCUUCUUCAAGCCAAACUGAUUUAACCCAAUAUAAAUAUAAGCCCAUUGAAGACCAGAUUAUUACCAUAGAACCAGAAUAUUGGGCACAAAACCCUCAUUUAAAUGAAUACCAACUUUGUGAAACCAUUUUUCCCAAAACUCAUUACUACAUCCCUGACAAUUUCCAAAAAUCCCAAAUCUAUUAUGAAGCCAUUCUCACCCACACAAAUUCUAUCCUCAUACAAAACAAUUUUGAUCCUCAUAAUCAUACCAAACUCAGAUAUUGCAAAGUGAGGCUACUCAAGGUAUGGACUCUUACUGAGUGGGGACAAGAACCCCAUAAAACAAAAGAAUUUACUUAUACCAAUGGACAAUUGAGACAAAAUGCAAAAUAUAAUUAUUAUGAUUAUCAAUUUGCUUGGGAAAGAACAUUUUUCAAGCAAAAUGAACAAUUAUCCAUAUCUUUCUUCUUUUAUAUCUCUGACAAUUUUACUUAUCCUAUUCCAUUUUGGUUUCACCAAUGGUGGAACAAAUUUGGUAUCCAUGAUGAUAUUAUCCCAGAUCAAAUUAAACCUGCUAAAACCCAAUUUUUUGAUAAACAGCAAUUACCAGAAACCAUUAUUUGCUCUCCCCAGUGGCUUAUUUACUCCCAUUACUUUCAUAUACCUUGGAUUUUCAUGACUGAAUAUCAUAUUAAAGACCAAGUCAUUGACAAUUUCCAAAUUCCCAUGAUAGUCAGAAAAUACAAAACUAAAUGGUGGACUAAAACUAAUCUCCAAGGUUGCUGCCAAAUAGCAGUAGACCAGUUUUUUGUAAACAAUCCACAAUAUUGCAAAACACCUAGCCCAGCCGUUAUUACCAAACAAGAAACCUUUUUAGCCCGAAAACAACAAAUUAUGGCACAUAUGGCUGCCUGUACCUCCGAACAAGAAUAUGAAAAAUUACUUGAAGAAUUAAAAGAAACAAGGAGUACUGCAGCAUCACCAUCACCAAUCGACUUAUCUGAUGACAAUGAUGAUUUUUUUACACAAGCAGAGAUAUAA